AUGGUCGAUGGAUGGAAACGCCAUACGCACCCGUUUUCCAUACCCGAACACGGUUCUAAGACUGGCAACAUCUCAGAUAUCCGCACUAAAGACGAACCCGAGGGAUCCAAUCGUGGAAAGGAAAAUAUCAAAAAGUCCAUGUACACAAAAGAAAAUAAGGGAAAAAAUAGGGGGGGCAGAAAGGCACAGUUUGAGGGCAUCAAUCCGGGCGAGUACCGCCGAAAAUCAAAAGACAAAAAUAACUUGUUGCCCGUAGUCGCUAUGCCGUCGCAAGAAAAUAAUCGGAAAUCACAUAUCCUUCAGCAGUUCAUUCCCUCCGAGACAUUAUUUGGUAGAAUUGCUUCGAUGCAAGAUCUGUACAUUGGUCGCACUAGUACCACUGCCGACCGAUCGUCGUCGCGGGCGAAUCUCACUGCCGCUUCCGCUCCGUCGUCUCCGGCCACUGCUGCGAAUUGA